GUUCCUAAGUUUUAAUGUAAUAAUAUUUCUAAGUAUAUUAUUUAGUAAUUAGUACUUUCUUUUAGAAAAUUAGCAGAAAUUUCCUAAUUAAUCUCUUUUUUCAGCCAAGCAAUAUGACAAACUAAGCAAGCAGCAAUCAACUAGCCCCGGCUUUAGGAUACCAAAAAAUACCAGUCUAAUAGUAACAUAUCAAGAAACUGACAGUAGAUUUAUUAGCAGGAAUGAUUACAGGAUGGGUUUCUGUAAUAACCUUGCAACCUCUAGAUAUGAUCAAAACAACCAUGCAAACAAGCUCCAACAAACAAAGCAUAUUAGGUUGUGCAAAAGAAAUAUACUAAAAGUCAAAAAUGAAAGGUUUUUAUAAGGGUAUGCUCUUUCCUUUGAUAGGCUCUAGCUUUUUUUCUGCCAUUUACUACGGUUCUAAUGAAUAGAUGAAAAAAUUAAUAUGCUUUUUAUCGAAUCACAAGUAUGAUAGAACUAGCUUGCCAUUAUAAUAUGUUUUCUUUUCAGGAUCUUUUGCUGGUUUAACUACUUCAUGUGUUUCUAUUCCUAUAGAGCAUGUAAAAAUAAGACUAUAAACAUAAAAAAACCAAUAAUAUACUGGCUCAAUUGAUUGCUUUAAAAAGAUAUUAAGAAAUCAUGGUGUAGUAGGACUUUACAAAUCAUCUAUCCUUUAAUUAUCAAGAGAUUUUAUAGGCUGUGGAAGCUUUUUUGUAAUGUAUGAUAUAACAAAGAGAUACUUCAAAAAGUAAAAUAAUGGAGAAUUAGAUAAAUUAAGAUUGUUUUUAAGUGGGUGUGUAGCUGGAAUGUCAUAUUGGCCUCUCUGCUUCCCACUAGAUGUAAUUAAAACAAAAAUGCAGAGUGAUUCAUUCGUUAAACCCUAAUUUUAAAAUAUAAAAGACUGUGCUCUUCAAAUUUAUAGAUAUGAAAAUAGGGGAUUUUUAAAUUUUUAUAAAGGAUUUUUAAUAAGUAAUAUAAGAUCUAUUCCUAACUCAGCUAUUGCACUUUUUACCUUUGAAAAUGUUUUAGGAUUUCUUUCUAAAUUAUUUGGAAUUCAAAAACCCAAGCAUUGAAUUAAAGUGCUGCUAAAAUAUUAUUUAAUUUAUGCUUUUCGUGUUUAAUAAAAAUAAUUUAUUUAUUUUUUAUAAAUAAUCAUCAUUUAAUUAGAAUUAAGAUAAAGGCCAUAUGGCUUAAAAUAAAUUAACUUAAUUUGUAUUCAUGAUAAGUUAAUUAAUUUGACCAAACAUUGAAACUACACUAA